CUGUGGCGGCGCAGCUUGUGCCGCGGUCCCCUUAUUUGGAUCUGCGGGAAUUUGGGCUGGAGCGGUCCUGCCGCGGUACCAGCCUCCAGCCUGCCGCCGGGACUGCCCCUGACCCAGGCGCACCCGCUGCUCGGUGGCAGGAGGGCCGGCGGAGCGCCAUGGCCUGCAUCCUGAAGAGAAAGUCUGUGAUUGCUGUGAGCUUCAUAGCAGCGUUCCUUUUCCUGCUGGUUGUACGCCUUGUAAAUGAAGUGAAUUUCCCAUUGCUACUAAACUGCUUUGGACAGCCUGCUACAAAGUGGAUACCAUUCUCCUACACAUACAGGCGGCCCCUUCGAACUCACUAUGGAUACAUAAAUGUGAAGACACAAGAGCCUUUGCAACUGGACUGUGACCUUUGUGCCAUAGUGUCAAACUCAGGUCAGAUGGUUGGCCAGAAGGUGGGAAACGAGAUAGAUCGAUCUUCCUGCAUUUGGAGAAUGAACAAUGCCCCCACCAAGGGUUAUGAGGAAGAUGUCGGGCGCAUGACCAUGAUUCGAGUUGUGUCCCAUACCAGCGUUCCUCUUUUGCUAAAAAACCCUGAUUAUUUUUUCAAGGAAGCGAAUACUACUAUUUAUGUCAUUUGGGGCCCUUUCCGCAAUAUGAGGAAAGAUGGCAAUGGCAUCAUUUACAACAUGUUGAAAAAGACAGUUGAUGUCUAUCCGAAUGCCCAAAUAUAUGUGACCACAGAGAAGCGCAUGAGUUACUGUGAUGGAGUUUUUAAGAAGGAGACUGGAAAAGACAGAGUCCAAUCUGGCUCGUAUCUCAGCACAGGGUGGUUUACCUUCAUUCUGGCCAUGGACGCCUGUUACGGCAUUCACGUCUACGGGAUGAUAAAUGACACCUACUGCAAGACAGAAGGCUAUAGAAAAGUCCCCUAUCAUUACUAUGAACAAGGAAGAGAUGAGUGUGAUGAAUAUUUUCUUCAUGAACAUGCCCCAUAUGGGGGGCAUAGGUUUAUCACUGAAAAGAAGGUGUUUGCUAAAUGGGCCAAGAAGCACAGGAUAACAUUUACACAUCCAAACUGGACAUUGUCUUGAUAAUGUUUUUUCUUAUCUUGCCGCAUCACUUCAUGUGAUCACCGUCCUGCAACUGUGAUGCUGAUGAUGCUAAUGAAGAUGACGGUGAUGAUAAAGACAGCAACAAUGAUUAUCAAGUUCCUGUACACUCUCAGAUGUGGAUGGUGACUCUGCUAGUAAUGUAAACUUGGCAUUUCAUGGAGGAUGGUCGUGCUCAUUAUGUUCUUUCUGGAGGUUCAACACUAUAUACCGCACUUUAUAAUUUAACUGGAAUUGAGAUGAAGCCCAGUGACAUGACAACUGUGACCUAAGAAAUGGGAAGAUUACCCUUCAAGAUAGCUGCAUAGAAUUGUUAAACAGUGAGUAACUUCCAGAAGCCAAAAGGGUUUGGCCUCAUAAGGCAAGGUGACUGACUCAAUGGCUUCUUGAAUCUCGGCAGCUUCACCAUCUUGAAGAAUGAUUGAUUGUCAAACACUGACCCAAGAACUGCUAUCAAGGUGCAAGUAUCUUACUAGUUAGCCUAAGGAGGGGAAAAUAUCUCUUCCUAAUAUACCAUCUUUCUACAGUAUUUCCUAUAGCUAAAGCCUCAGGCCACUGCCUAAUUAACAACAAAGACUUCAUGGACAUCCUACGCUUCAGGAUUACUUGACUAUCUCAAACAUGUAAAUGAAAAUGGGCCAAGUAGCAAAUCUUAAUGACUUUCCACUCUUACCAUCCAUUCUUACUACCAACAAUAUAACUGAACAUGUGAUUAUAAUAAUCUAUAUUAAUGUUUAGUUAUUUUUGGUUGAGUCCUAAAUAUUUCAGAAGGCUACUUAACAUGUAAGAUACCAGCUUCAACACUGUAAUAACAUAUACUGUGAAAACAUUCCUAAAACAUAACCAAAGGGUUUACUAACUCUGCUUCAACAUCCAACAACAAAACCAUAUGAUUUUUGAAAUGAAACAGGGAAAGCAAAGCAUAUUUUUACAUCAAUUUGUAUCCUAUCAUACUUCAUAAUAUAUAUUUGUAUAUUCAAAUUUCUAUUUUAUAGGCCCAAGAUGUGUUUCUCCAAACAUUACAUUCUCAUCGCCAAGUGCCAACUGUUAGACGUGGAGAGGAAAUGAUUCCUUGCAUUAAACUUGACCAGAGAUUUUGCCUUCUAGGGAUUUAUUUUCCCCAUAGUGUGUCUGUUGUUAUGCCAUAAUAACAACAAUAAUAAUGACCUUAAUGUCCAAAGUACUUUCUCAUUUAGAGUCCUUUAACAUGUGUUAUACCAUGUGAUGCCCGUGAACACCCCAUUGGACUAUUGUCUGUGUAUUCUGCUGUCUCUUUAGCAGAUGAUCUGUAAUUUGGUCAUUGUUUGUUAUACUCUAAAUUGCUCUACUUGCUAAUAUUUGUAUAGAAUAGAAUUUAUGUAAACUAGUAACCAGUUGAUUUCUGUGCCAAAUACAUUAUAUCAGGAUUACCCAAAAAGUAUCACAAAGGAUGAUCUUGGCCAUAUGCUAGGGCCCCUGUGAAAAUAACUAGUUUUGAGAAGUUUUUCUACAUAUAUAUGUGUGUGUGGUUCUAUUUAGGUGGGGAAAAGAUGAAAAAGCAAGGACAACAGGAGGAAACAAAGGCAAAGAAUACAGUUUCGUGGCCUAGGCUUGAGACGACUCUAUUUUUCAUGUACUCAUUGCUCAUUAAAUAUUAGAGGGUGAUUGGCUGAGAGAGUAGCUGAGAGUUCAAAACCAUCCUUGCAGAACGAUUCAAAAGACAAAAGCUGGGUUAAACUGACAGAAUGUUUUGGAGGCUGGAAGUAAUGAUACAUUUCAGUUCAGAAGCACUUGUAGGUCUUUACAAGUGAGUUAUCAUUAAAAUGUGCCAUCUUGGAUAAAGGCCUUUUCCCUCCUCUCUUCUGCCAUUUCAAUACCUCAGUAUUCACACUCAUAAAAAUUACCAAGCCCCAGUUCUAUCAUUGGAAAGAGUUGUCAUUCUUUUGUUGUUCUCUUAUGUAAUUUUUAGCCUAUGAAUGUUUAGUUUUUUUGAGCUAAUGAUAGAUAGAAAUGCCCACUCAAAGAAAAAUAGAGACAAAUGUUAAAAUUGCCAAACAGACUGUUUUUCCCCCUGUUGUUUCACUAUUAAAUAAAAAGAUAUCCUUGAUUAAUCAGAAUGCCUUGGGACAUGAACCUAAUUUAUUUAAUUUUCUAAUAAAUGAAGGGCCAACUCUGCUUGUUUUAGCCCCUACUGAUAAACAUUUGAAAACUUACUUGCUCUCCUGCCUCACUGUAGCUUUCUCUGUUUGCAACACACCGUAUCCCUCACUCUAUGGCAGAAGGUAAGUGUGGAAUAUGCAGAUUCCAAUGUUUUCUUUGGAGGUGUGGGGAAGGUUUUUUUUUCCCCUCUCCUCUCCUCUUUCCUUCUUUCUUUUUAUUUUUUCAACUAAACUCCUAUGUUACAUUUUUUAUGGUUGUUUUCAUUGUCAUUUUCUUUCUAAAAACAGGAAACAAAAAAACCCAAGUUUUUCUGAGUUUGGAGACUCAAAUAAUUCCCAGUAUAACCAGCAUUUUGAUAGAAUCUCACAAGUUAUUUUUCUUUGCUUUCAUUUCCUGUUUUCCUUUGAUCCAUUUUUCUAAUUCUAGUGAAAAAUGUAAAGUGUAAUUUCUCCCAUGUUGAGAAUAAAUUUUUCAUCUACGAUUUAUUGAUAGAGAAGAGCUUGGUAAGGGAGCAAUUCAAGUAUACUGUUUUGUUAUGCAGAUUUCUGAUCAAUUCCACAAAUUCUGGUCAAAUAAAAGAUAUCUUAUCCAACAUUUAAACAUUGAAAAAUUUAACUGAACCCACUUACAACUGAUGUGUACUUAUCCCAGAAAUUAAUGUCUGUAAAAAAUAAAAGUAUUUUAAUACUACUCUCCAUGGCUCUAGGCAAAUGAGCUAUAAAAAAGGGUCACAAUUUUUCUGAAAUUGGCAUGAAAACAUUCAAGAUAAAAAUAAUAGACUAAAUAUUAUUCUCUAUUAUGCAGAAUUCUAUGAAAAAGCAAUGUAAUUUAAAAAGAGUUUUAAAAUGAAUGUUUAAAUCCUUUUCAAUUUAACCAAGUGACAAGUAGUAACGAUUUACAUUAUUAUGAUGAUAAUGUGAAUAAGAAAUCUUUUAGAUUAUAUAGUUUUACAUUGCUAUUAAACCUAUCAAAGAAAAGGCAAUUGGGAUUUGGAAGAAGGAAUAUAUGCACAUAGAGUCCAUUUGUAUGUGUGUGAACACACACACACAUAUAUAUAUAUCUAUAUACUUAUAACUAUAUAUAAAGGCAUAUAUAUAAUCCUAUAUUCUUCACUGGUGUGUAUGAAUCAGAGAAAACCCUAUUUUAGACUUCAUCCAAAAUUUGUUGGGUUACAUUUUGAAUCCUGAUGAAAAAAGCAAAAAUCCAAAUUAAAUGGACUGAUUGCUAAGAGUACAUAAAAUCAUAUUCGAAAGCUGGCCAGAAGAAUAAAGCUAGAGAAGCUGCUAAAUCUAGAACUGAAAACACAAUUAGAUGCCACAGUUGUCACAAAUCAGACUUGUAAGUAUAGCAAUCUGUAUUGUAGGUUCUGCCGAUUGCAGGCUUAGCUGAAGUCACAUUGAAAAACAUUGCAUCAAGCUUCAUUCACACUGAAGUAAAUGAACACUGGUCCCCCAAUUCAAAUAAGCCGGUCUUUAGCAUAAGCAAAAUCCAGAUUUGCAUGAUUUUUAUUAUAUAGCUAGAGAACUGUGACCACUAUGAAAAAGGAAAUUUAUAUAAGGAAAUUGCUCUUGGAGAAAUUGGUAUAAAUCAGCUGAGGUAGGAACAAAAGUCUGAAUUGGGGACCUUGCUGACCUUCCAAGAAGUAGAAGGCCAUCAGGAGAAAAUCACUGUUACUUAGAAAAGAGACAACACGAAAGUACUUCACCUGGUAGUGUUAAUUGGAUGUUAAUUAUGAGUUUGGUUUAAUUUCAGUAAAGAAAUAUAAUCAGAUGACUGAUUAAAAAAAAAACAAUGUGCCAUCUAACCUUUAAUAUGACAUGUCAAAUGCAAAGAAUAAAUAUGUUAUUCAGUGUCAGUUGUUUGCAUGUCUUAGCACAACAAAAGGUUUACAGUAUGGGGCCAGGAGGGAAUAUGUUCUUAAAACAGCGUAUUUAAAAGACAAGACCUCAUCAUUUUAAUAGUGUACAUAGAUUAGUAGCUGAUGGAGCCAGGGCUAGCCUUUGUAAGUAGUCGAGGCUUUUAGAGCUGAAAGAGAUUUUGAAGACUAGCCAAUAAAACGCCUACAUCUUGGAGCUGAGGAAAGAGAAGUGAAGUGACUUGCCUGUAAUUAUAAACUGGACUAAUGGCAGCACUGAAACUCAAAUUCAUGUCUCAUGUUUUCUUCCCUUGUACUUUUGCCACUACACUUUUUAGACAGAAGGAUAGCUAGAAAAAAAUGCCUAACUGAUUACUAAAGAGUCUAUUCAUGGAAUCCAAGAGCUCCAAAUUGUGUUCAUUCUGCUCAGGAUUAGAGAAAUCCCCACAAUGAAGCGUAGAAAUAUUUUCAUAAUUGAAGGAACAUGUCCCACUGACUGGCUACACUCUCCCUCCUCUAUGUUUGUUGCUAUUGUCAAGGCUAGGCCAUGUUCUGUUAUCUCAAAUUUCCAGGACUUAUUUAAAUAACAUAAAGGUGAGUGUCUUACUUUCUCUUUGUAAUUGAGGAUGAGCAAGCUUUUGAUAUACCAAGCUGUUGAGUGUUGGAGGUUUCCUGGUGAAACUGGCAGGCCCUGUUGUUAACAUACCCCAGAGCUAAAGUGUCCUCAUAUUCAAACCAACUCCGCUGCCCACGUUAGUGAAAUUAUCCAUCAGCACUAACACUACCCUUUGGUUCAUGCUUAUCCCUGCACAACAUGUGAUCCUUGAGCCCAGAUACCCUUCUGGAAGGUGAAUGAAAUCCCCAAAUGUCCAUGAGACUUAGUUGGCAUAAAAGAUUGAAAAAGAUUUUUUUUCUCUACAGUCCAUUUAUAGGAUACUGUUAGAAGUGAAGAAUUUUGAAACUACAUACACUGGGCUCUGAAAAUGGUUCCUGUGGCUCAGAAAUAGUCUAUUGCUCUGUUGCUUGUUUUUGCUGAACUCUGGAGAAACCACAAGAGUAAAAUUCCAUGUAAAUUGCUAAGGCAUCAAAUCAGAACUGUCCUUGGGCUUUGUAACAGUGCAGAAAAUCUCAUUUAGUUUUGUUUCUUUUUUUUCAGUUAACUAUUCUUUUUUCUUUUCAGAAUAGGCAACAUUUGUUUAUGGAGUAGAAAAGCUCUUCUUUCUCUGCAGCUACAUCUCUUUAUGUUCAUGCCUUGGAAACUUCAGAAAAAUAGAAGCUCACUUCCUUCCAUAAAGGUGAAGAACAUCUUGAUGAAUAGUCAGCUACCAAGUUCACAUAUUUGCCUAUGUUGUGAGAGUUGUUUCUAAGAAACACCAAAGCCACCAAAAGCAGGCAAUUUUACAGCUUUUUGUUACCUAAUCUACAAAGUACUAGUUUCCUUGUGUUUAGCUUUGUUGUCAUUGCUACUGAGCCAUUUCUAUUACAUACGGUACGGUUUUUGCUUCACCCAUUUUCCUGAGUUCCCAUGAUUUUUUUCUCUAGUUUCUCAUUCACUUUUAAACCAGUAAACUUAUCUAUUUUUAGAAGAAAUAAAUGUGCAGUUGUACAUUCAUGGAGAGUUUUUAUGGCAUUAUAGUGCUUUAUUUGUAAACACUAUCUUAGAAUAAAGCAUACAAAAUGGCAAAGGG